UUACAGUGACAAAUACUCAAACUGCGAUGUGAAGCGAAAGUAACCGGAGUCAUCGACAACAAUCCAGCUACAUUUAAAGCUUAAUGAAUAAAAUGUGUAUAUAUAUCAUUAGUUACGGAAGCCUACAAACAAGUAUGACUGAAGGGCUUAUAGCUUUUCUUAGGCUACACCAAAGUUAAAUCCAUCUGUGACUGAAACGAAAACGAAAGUUACAUUUCGCUGAAAACUUGCGCCGUAUGCCUUCCGUGAAGAAAUUUUUGUUUCAGUUGCUGUUGCUGAAGACUCAUAAUGGCGGAGAAAGUGUCAGAGCCAAUGGAGGUUGAUGAAGAGAACGGGAUCCAAAAUAAUGACAAUUCUGAAAACAUGGACAUAUACACAUCAGGUGAUGAAAGACCACAACCAUCUGCUCCUCCACUAAAAAUUGCAAAAGUUAAAGUCAGAGUGGACUGGACCGGACCGCUUCCAGAAAAAUGGUGUACAUCAUUACAAAAAGCCCUCCAGACCUGGUGUAACACUGAUUUGUCCAAAGGCACUGGAAAAUAUAACAUCAACAGUGUCACUGUCAUGGAAGAUCCCCGCUGUGCAGAAGUGCAGAUAACGCCAUCAGAAGCUAUUGAAGAUUUAAAAAAUUACACAACUGCAACAUUAAAGUUCAAGGAUCUAAAUAAUACAGGAAGAACUGUGACUGCAAGGAUUUCAAUUUAUGAUGCUGAAGCUAUAAAAGACUCAUCACUGAAGGUGGACAGCAAUGUGACUUCUGCAAUAGAACAAAAUGGUGUGGACGUUUUUGCAGUGAAUAGUGCUUCAAAUGGCACUGACACCAUGAAAGCUGCUGAAAUGACCACAGAGACAAACUCAGCUGCAUGUACUGUCCCCCUCUAUCUGUACUGGUACAUACAUCAUGCUUACAAAAAUGAGUUGGAGCAAAUUAAUAAACGGCAUGGAGUCAACAUUUCUCCAAAUGUGUUAGUCUCAUUUGAAACUACCCCAAGCACAAACCCUGGUUCGGUGUCCAAAGCCUCAGAAGAGCUUCAGAAGCUUGUUCAGAAAUGUGGGGCUAGUUUUAGUGAUGUCACUAUUCCCUUUACUCAAAUAGACUCAGACAUUGUCAAGGAAACCAUGCAUAGCAGCCAAUCAGAACAGACAAAGGUGAUGAUGAGCUUUUCUGCCAGUAAUGUCCAGGUCUUCGGACAAAAAAAUAUUACAGACAUGAUAAACAGAAAGGUAAAUGGAACAAGACCGGAAGGCCAAUCAAUAGGCAAUGAAAAUAAAAUGGGUGUAGUUACGAAUGUUAACCAACAAAUGAUGUCUUCCUUGGACAUGGACAUGAAGGAUCUUCAAAAUCAAAUUGAGAUGGAUAAGAUUCAUUGGGAUCUGAUGAAUCUUUCUCACAAAGAACAUUUAUGUAACCUUCAAAGUAAGUUUGGAGUGUCAUUUCACGUAGAAGAACUGAAGGACAACUUAACUGUUAAGGUGAGAGCUCAUUCCAAAGAAGGUCAACAUACUGAUCUUGAAACUCAUGCCAUGAGAGCUUUAAUACAACUCUAUCAGAAACUUGCCUUGGCUACUGUGGGCUGUGAACUUAAAGAUCCAAAAGAUACGGAUAUUGUGGCCAAAAUUAAAAAGAUUCUUGGAAAACGGCAAUAUCGUGUUGCUGCAGUGGAUGUUUAUGGUCCCUGGAGGCUUGUUGGACUGCCAGAGCACCUUGGCCCAUCAAUGAAAGAUAUUGAGAAGGAAAUUGGGAAGAUUGUGUUUGAUAAAAAAACAAAGGAAUUGAUUGGUUACUCAGAGGACAUCUCUCAAGGGAUAGGGAUCACACGGGAAGACACGUCAGUCUACGGACGAGGAGCAGCGGGUGGCUUGAUACAAGAUAAGACAGAUCCUGGUUUAAGUGGAGAGACACAAGAAAAAGGAAACAAAAAGUCUAGACAUGACCAUAAAGGUGCACAGGAUGAAGAGGACCAUUGUGUUAUUUGCAUGGACAACAUCAAAAACAAGAAGAAACUGAAAUGUGGGCAUGAAUUCUGUAAGGACUGUAUAGAGCAAGCAGUGAAACACCGUGGAGAAAUCUGUCCUGUGUGUCAGAAGAUUUUUGGGAAAAUAGAGGGGAACCAGCCUUAUGGAACAAUGGAUUUUACAAAAAACAAAUCAAGACUUCCAGGUUAUCCAGACGUUGGAACAAUUCAAAUCUCUUACACUAUAUCAAGUGGUACUCAAACGAUUAAGCAUCCAAAUCCUGGACAAUAUCAUUAUGGGACACAACGCACUGCUUAUCUGCCAGAUAAUAAAGAAGGAAAUCAUGUACUCAAACUCUUGCGGAAGGCUUUUGAUCAGAGACUGAUUUUCACCGUUGGAACAUCUACAACCUCUGGUGCAAAAAAUGCUGUCACAUGGAAUGAUAUUCAUCAUAAGACCAAUACACAUGGUGGACCUGAAGGAUAUGGUUACCCAGAUCCCGGCUACCUGAAGAGAGUAAAAGAUGAAUUAAAAGCCAAAGGCAUUGAAUGAGUCAUGACACAUGCUGCAUUUGUGUUUGUUAAUGAACAAGGCAUAUACACAAUGUAUAGUCAAUUGGUCAUUAUUAAUAAAUAAACAUCAUCAAUAUGCUCAAGAUCAUACAUUAUCUCUAAUCACAUGAUCAACAGUUUAGUAUUCAUUACAGGAAAAAAACAGAAUGAUUUGAUUUACCGAUUGGAUUUACCAAUCAACAAUCAAUAAAGAAUGUCACUAAUAUAAUUAUUUUGGGUUUUCAGAUCUAUUCAUGUUUGACAUGCAUUUAAAAGUCUUUCGUUAUUUUUUUCUGUCGUAUUUUUUUCUUUGUCGUUUUUUUUUCUUGAAAUUAGCAUUUUGUGAUGUUGAAAAUAUGAAUAUAAAUAUAACAAGUAGCUACUAGAAGAAAAUAAAAAAAGAAAUGUAUGACAUGCUUUACUACGAGACAUGAUAGGAGUCAUGGACAUGGACAUCUGCUACUUUCAUGCUAUCCUUAAAAUAAAAAUGAGAAAAAGUG